AUGGACACCAUAUUUACCGACAUACACGGCAAGGUACACCCCAACACGGUUCCUCAGGGGCUUGUCAACCCUGGUGUCUGGGCCUCUCAGGUGGCGCGAUACCUCCCACAAAUGACGGCUCCACUCGCUGAGGUGGUGAGCAAAACACCUAGGCCGUUCGUAACGAAAGUGGGCGAAGCGCAAUGUUUUACGCCCAGCUUCUACGAUGGGCGCGUUGUCCUUGUAGGCGAUGCCUUCACUGGCUUCAGGUCUCAUUUGGGGAUGGCAUCGGAACAGGCUGCUCGCCAUGCUGUGCAAAUGGACAAGGUCUGGCGGGGAGAGAUGACCAUGGAACAACGCGACCGGGAGGCAAUUCUAUACGCGAAACGCUUCAUUUUGUUGAAUAGGAUGGUUGGAUGGACAGGCCUAGGAUGGGUAUUUUCCCUUUUCACCGCAAUGGCGAGUUAUGCGUGGCUGGCUAUUCAGCAGGGGCUGGGUAUUGCGUAA